UGUUUCGGCUAAAGCUGCUUCGAUUAAAAUUUUAGAUUGUUCGUUGAUGAAAAAUUUUCAUGAACGUAGAAGCGGAAUGGAAUACUCCGUAAACCCUGCAACGUUCCAAGCUACGGCGUUAGAAUUACAUAUAUUUUCUGUUUCAAGACGCGAGAGGAUUUACUCGUCGCAUGACUUGAUAUUUCGCUGAUAGAAAUACAUUGCUAAACACGUGAGAUCUGGUAAUGUCUAAUGAUGAAACUACAAGAGCGAUCUACGUAAACACAGAACCGAUUUAAAUUAAUUACGAAAGAAGGUGUGGAAUCUAGCCGACUAAUCCGACCGGUUCGUUCGUUUCCCAGCCUACAGUGGAACAUUUCGAUUAUAUGACAGACCAGAGAACAGAUUUCCUCUCACGAUCAGUGAUGGAACACUGUUUGAUCAAGGAUUAUCGUUCGCCGAUCUUUCGAUCUCUUCUAGAUAAGAAAACUUCAACGACUGAAAUUCGUUCAACAUUGCUGGUACAUUUUAACAACUCGUGAACGUUUGACGACGUGGUGAAUUUUGAAGUGUUGUUAAGGGAUACGAAGGAGGGGAUUUUGUUCGGGGGUUUCGAAAUUUCCAAGUUGGAGAUGUCGACGCCGGUAUAUCGCCACCAAUGGAACGUUCAGGCGUCAGAUAUCGCGAGGAGAACGCACAACCCCAUAAGAUCCAUCGUGGAAUGUCUGGUGGUCGAACCUAAUCCUGCUAAGUCCAUGAUCUCGUUAUCCAUCGGUGAUCCAACUACUUUUGGAAAUUUAAAACCACCCAAAGAAGUAAUCGAUGCCGUUCAACAAAGUCUCGUUUCCCAAUUAUAUAAUGGAUACGCACCUAGUACAGGUUACCAAAGCGCAAGGGAAGCUGUAGCGGAAUAUAGUUCCAGCGAAUUCGUAAAAGUGGAUGCUAAGGAUGUAAUUUUAUGCAGCGGAUGCUCCUGCGCUCUCGACCUCUGUAUAACAGCGUUAGCACGAAGGGGGCAAAAUAUUCUGAUACCGCGACCCGGUUUCUCGAUCUAUCGAACACUUGCAGAAGGUCUUGGUAUCAACGUAAAAUCCUAUGAGUUACGCCCUGAACUCGGCUGGGAGAUCGAUCUGGACAACUUGGAAUCACAGAUCGACGAAUUCACCGCGGCGAUCAUUAUAAACAAUCCUUCGAACCCGUGCGGUUCCGUAUUUAGCAAGGAUCACACACUCGACAUUCUCGACGUAGCCGCUCGUUACUACAUACCAAUUAUUGCCGAUGAAAUUUACGAGCAUAUGGUGUUCCCAGGACGGACUUUCCAUUCGUUAGCAUCUUUGUCGAAGGAAGUUCCUAUUUUGUCAUGUAGCGGCUUGACGAAGAGAUUUUUAGUGCCCGGCUGGCGUAUGGGCUGGAUAAUCAUUCACGAUCGUCAAAACGUGCUGGAGAAGGAGAUAAGGAAAGCGCUUCAUUGCCUAAGUCAGCGAAUUAUCGGCAGCAACACGCUUAUUCAAGGUGCGUUGCCUACUAUUCUGAAGAACACGCCACAGGAAUUUUACGAUGGCGUCGUUAGAAUGUUGCAUGAUCACUCGAAAACGGCGUACAACUGUGUGUCGAAGAUCUCAGGAUUGAAACCAAUAAUGCCCGACGGAGCAAUGUACAUGAUGGUCCCCCAGGUUUACAUAGAUCUACCUUGUUUUCCGGAAUUUAAUUCCGACCUCGAAUUCGUGCAACGAUUGCUAAUGGAGGAGUCUGUGUUUUGCCUUCCUGGCCAGUGCUUCGAUUAUCCGUCGUACAUGAGGCUGGUCAUCACGGUGCCCAUAGAUAUGUUGGAGGAGGCUUGUCAGAGAAUACAGGAAUUCUGCGAGAGGCAUCACUACAAAACGGCUGAAGAUACGCAAAGAAGCAACUUAAUUGCUGCGGAAAUUCCAUAUUAAAGAGUAUAUGUGAUUUAGUUAAUUUCGUUGUCUUAUUAUUUAUGUUACGUUGCGUUGGUGCAUAGGUAUGCACUGAAAUGUCAUUCUUUUCAAAUAAUAUAUUCAUUACACGUAGUUUCCAUGAAACAUGAUACGUUUAAUAGAAAUAUAAUAAUUUCCAUAUGAUUCGAUACAUUUUUCCAAUCAAUAUCUGUAUUUUGCCAUCUCGGAUCGUCAGCAAACUUAAGUAUUUUAUAAGUAUUAUAUCAAGUCGUUAAGUAAUAUUUAUAAGUAUAGAUGAUAGCUUAUUUCUCGAUGUUUAAUACAUAAUUUCCAGUAUAAUUUAAUAUAAUUUUAAGUUUUUAUAGGUAUAGAAGAUAAUUUAAUCGUUAUAGAAAUUCUUUAUAAAAUAUCGAAUUUAUUUGUAUAAGUAUACUGUUAUUUAUACUGUAUAAUAAUCCAUUGAGGUAAUAAACUUCAAAAUUUCGUAAACGAUGUUACUUUAAAAUAAGAAUAAUUAAGAAAUAUUUAAUCAAUCUCAUUUGCAAUUAAUGACGGUGGUACAAAUCAAGGAUUAAAUCAGAAAGAUACGAGUCAUGUUCGUGAUGAUGUCUUGUUUUAACCUGAAUAGUAAUUCCAAUUUAUAAAAUUAACGAUUGCCGGUCACGAAUUAUGUAUGACAUUAAUAAAUAUUCUAUAUGUGUCACAAUAUUUAAACUAACGCUGAGAAUGAGACGUGACUAUCAAAACGAGUUAUAAAAGAUAAAAGAAUUUUGUAGAUUUUCAAUAAACGUCAAGUGAAAAUAUAAGAAAAAUUUUAAAUAAUAAAAGAUUUGCCUGGUUUCCAA